GCGCAGACGGAAAGCAUGGAGCUCACUGAGCUCGAGAAGACCACCGACAAGGUCGUCAAUCAGGUCGACGGAAUCCAGGACCCCUUUCACCACGGUGUAGCCAUGCUUCCUAAUGUUGGGGGAGUCGGGCCCGAGGUCUUUCCAGUGGGAGAAGUAGACUUUGGUUUGGGGGUAGACGACGAUUGUGCUGAAGAUGGAGAGAUGGAGGGGGGAGAAACAAAUUCCAUAUUUAAGAGCCCACUUCGGCGAAUUAGCUACAUAUUGAACUGUGCCACAGAGUCCAAUCUGACCACACUAUUCAAGAUGAGUCUCACACCAAGGGACAAGGCGACCGUCAGGCUCUUCUGGGGCAAGAUGUCCGCGAAGGCCGAGCUUAUCGGCGCCGAUGCUCUUUCAAGGAUGCUCGCUGUGUACCCGCAGACCAAGACUUACUUCAGCCACUGGAAGAGCCUCAGCCCUGGUUCCUCUGAAGUGAAGAAGCACGGCAAGACCAUCAUGAUGGGCAUCGGAGAUGCUGUGACCAAGAUGGAUGACCUGGAAAGGGGUCUUCUCACUCUGAGCGAGCUGCACGCCUUCAAGCUGAGAGUUGACCCCACCAACUUCAAGCUUCUCUCACUCAACAUCUUGGUGGUUAUGGCUAUUAUGUUCCCUGAGGAUUUCACCCCAAUGGCUCAUUUGGCCGUCGACAAGUUCCUGUGUGCUUUGGCCCUGGCUCUGUCCGAGAAGUACCGAUAAACUGAGAUCGGUCGGAUAUAGGCAGACAAUAGGAUGGAUGAAAGUAUCAGGUUCCUGUUGAGUCUUCUGUUGAAAACAUAUGAAUAAAAGUUUGAAUCCCAUCA